AUGCGGCUUUCGCGCCCAGCGACAUCGCUCGCGAAGAGCUUCUCGCCCGUUGGCUCAAUUGCACAUCUUCAUCAACACGGUCCAUCGCGAUCGGCCGUGGUUCAUGAACAGGCGCUUCCACAAAGCCAGACACAGGUCCCCGUCGAAGCACUCAAAUCCCGAGCACACGCACCAGCGCCUGCAUCGACGCAUGAAUCGAACCUCGAUACAGUGAUCUCUCAGAUUCCUCUCGUCCAAAGGCUUCGCGAAUCACACAAAUCCUACAAAGAGUCCCGGCCUCAUCUCGCCAUCCCGCCUGCGAUUCGACAGCACCAUUUCGUCGGUGGAAGUCUGGCCGGGCCUGGAAAAUUGUCUAUUGCGCCUUAUACAUGGAUUUCGUCUCAGAAGUCCGAAACGGGAAAUUCGCGGACUAGCAAAGUCAUUUCAGUCUUCCAUAUCGGUCGUGAUCUGUGCGGCCAUCCGGGAUUUGUGCAUGGUGGUCUUUUGUCUGUGCUUUUCGACGAGGUCUUUGCUAGAUGUGUGUCGGCUGCGUUUCCUAGUGGACUUGGCAUGACUGCCAAUUUAACCGUGGAUUUCCGGAAACCCGCGCUGCCGGAUAGGAUUUACGUGCUUAGGGCUGAGACGGUCAAGGUUGAGGGACGCAAGGCUUGGGUGGAGGGGAGAAUGAGUUAUUUGCCGUUGGCGGUUGAUGGAAGCACCAUCCAUCAGGACGACAAGUUGUUGAGGGAGGAUGGAGAGGGAGUUGUCAUGGUUUCGGAGGCCAAGGCGCUGUUCGUUGAGCCUAAGUUUGCGGAUUCCAUGGUUUCCAUUUACAAGACUUAA